AUGAAUCGAUCCAUCGUGCGAUGCACGUCAUGUCGCGGUUCGGUUCUCGAAGCAGUCGCCUCGGUCACUGGAGUAUCGAUUCCAGCACAAGCAGCAUCUAGAUCACGACUUUCGAAACCACCACCACCACCACCACCACCGAGACUCCAAUCAACCAGAACAUUCAGCAGCCAGUUCGGGCCCUUACGCCAGUCUCUUAAACCGUCAGAUUCAGACUCAUCGUCCGACAUCCUCCCUCCUCCUCCUCCUCCUCCACCUCUCGCCUCUGCAGAGUCAAUACCAUGGUAUCUACAAAUCGAAGACCCGUUACCUCCCUCCCCCCUCAGCCCCCUGCUGGCACUGCAAGAGAUUCCGCCCCUGCCACCGAACCCGCCCGCCAUCCUCGCCACGGUGCUGACGCACCUGUCUACACAAAUCGGCCUGGACAACCUUGUUCUCCUCGAUUUACGCCAUCUCGACCCGCCUCCGGCGCUGGGCUCUAACCUCCUCAUGGUCAUCGGCACCGCACGGUCCGUGAAACAUCUCAACGUCUCGGCGGACCGCUUCUGCCGGUGGGCGCGCAAGGAGUUCAAGUUACGACCCUACGCGGACGGGCUACUGGGUCGGAAUGAAUUGAAACUGAAGCUCCGACGGAAGGCCAGGCGGAUGAAGUUGGCGCAGAGUGUGGGGAAUACAGUGAGCGGACACGGCGCGGACGACGGGAUCACGACGGGCUGGAUCUGCGUCAACAUGGGGAGUGUGGACGAGGCUGUGCUUGCGGAUGAGGUGGAUGCAGGGGAAGGAGCGGAAGAGAUCGCGCAAGUGCAGGUGGAAGCGGCGGGCGACGUGUCGGAGAAGGCGAGAAGGAAAGCGCAAGAGUCUCCCUUGGAGGGUGAGGAAGAGUACCGCAAUCCGAGCGAAGACGAGUAUGUUGGCUUUGGCUCGCGGACCAAUGCACCGCGGAUUGUGGUGCAGAUGUUCACGGAGGACAAGCGCCUCGAGAUGGAUCUGGAAGGACUCUGGGACGUGCGCAAUACGAGACGAGCGCGCAGGGACGAGCAAGCGACGGCAGCAGCCGAGGCCGCGAUUCAGAUGUUGCAACGCGAGCAGCAAACAGAGACCGAGACCGAGACGAGCCCAGAGCAGGAUAAGGAUCUGCGGAAGGACGAGGGCGAGGGACAGGAUGAUGAUAAUGCUGGCGAGAGGAAAGAGCGCGCCGGGGAGACGAGAAUCGAAGAGGAGGUGGAUGACCCUGAGGCUCGUGAAGAAGACGGUGAGGAGAAGCCCUUGGGAGGCAUUGGUGCCAGCUGA